UCGUGAGGGCGGCCCGCGUUCUUAGCCAACGCUUGGAGGAGCACCAUCAUCCGUCGAACCACCUUCCGAGAACCAUCGAUAGACGAGCCAACUAAUCACAUUACCAGCCAUCAGCCAUCGCCGUCAGCAGACAGCAGACAGCAGAAAGCAGCAGGCAGCAGGCAGCGACACUGGAGGGCCGCCGCAGUCGACCGUCGAAUCGCAGACCCGCAAGACAUCCGAGUUCCCAGUUUGUGCAUUGCAUACUUUUUGGCGCGCUCGCCAAUUCAAAUACCAAACUACACCAAUACACCACACACAUCCGUUGCGCCCAGCGAAGCGACCGAAUUCAUCAAAUUUGUGUCUGGGGUGGCAUGUGGAUAAAUUUCAGCCGCCAUGGAUCCCAGUGCUCUACAAAACAUGGAUCGGGACGCAUUAAAGAAGCAAAUCGAGAAUAUGAAAUAUCAGGCCUCCAUGGAGCGCUGGCCGUUGUCUAAAUCCAUUGCAGAAAUGCGAUCGUUCAUCGAGGAGAAUGAGAAGAACGAUCCGUUGAUCAAUGCUCCGGAUAAGAAGAACAAUCCGUGGGCUGAAAAAGGCAAAUGCGUUAUCAUGUAAUAUUAUCGUAAA